AUGUGCUGGACUUCCUACUUCCUUAUGUUUAACCAGAAAUGUAGUGUUAUUCAUGGAUUAUGGUCUAUAAGUUUCAUUCCUCAUUUCUCACUAAGGUAA